UUUUGUUUCUCCCUGACAACCGCCUAAACUGAGCUAGCGACGGAUCAAGAGCGGCAGAUUCGUUACUCCAGGAGGGGGCGGGACCUUUACCCGGGAGCGGGGCACUGCGUGACGCAACUUCACUGCCCAACCUGGAAGGUGGAGGCGGAAUGAAGGCGCCCGCUCAAACUGCCUAAUGACCCGGGCUUCGAAACGCGUCGCGUGGAAUCUGCAGAUGGGAACUGGCUGCUUGGUAGAAGACUUCGCAGGUGGCCGAAGAGUGCGAGUGACGGGACGCUUAGAAGGUUGUGAUUUAUGGGGCUUGUCGUAUUUUGUUUUGAAACACACACACACUCAGCCGUGUAUUUCAGCUCUUUGAAACGAAGUAAGAUAUCCUGUAAACAAAAAUGAAACCUGUGGUCCUGUACCUUUUUGGAUACUUUUGGCUUGCUGUCUGUUGUGGGUCUGCUACCCCUAAAUUGCUUGAUAGCAGUCACCCACCCCAUGAGUGGAACAAGUUAUACCUAGUUCAUCAUUGGCCAGUGACGGUGUGUAAGAUGAGUGAGAAUCCUUGCAAAGAUCCACCAAUGUACUGGACAAUCCAUGGCCUCUGGUAUAUAAAUUUGUCCUGGUUCUUCCAUAGGCCUGAUAAAUCAGAAGAAUGUAACAGAACUUGGCACUUCAACAGAUCUGAGAUACAGGAUCUCUUGGGUGACAUGAAACAAUAUUGGCCAGAUAUCCUUCAUCCAAAUAGCACCCAGUUCUGGAAACAUGAGUGGGACAAACACGGCACAUGUGUAGCAACGCUGGAAUCUCUUAAUUCUCAGAAAAAGUACUUUAGUAAAGCACUGGAACUCUAUGAAAAACUUCAAUUUAACAGUUAUCUCUCGAAACUGGGGAUAAAGCCGGGCACCUAUUAUCAGCUGUCAACAAUCAGAGACAACCUUACAAACAUUUAUGGAGUAACGCCAAAGAUUCAGUGCAUUUCUCCAGAAAAGGGUGAAGAAGUACAAACAAUUGGCCAGAUUAAAAUCUGUUUCACAAAGGAGUUUAAUCUGAGAAACUGUACAGAGUCAAAGGCCAAUUCCUAUUCUGCCCAUGAAAAUACAUUCUUCAGACCAGAGGAACUGUCAAUCUGCACUGAUUCCCUGAUAUAUUACCCUUCGGAGGUGCAGCUAAACAAGUGAAGCAACAAGAAGUAUGAAGCACUUUGUUGCAAAUUCCAUUUAAGAUGGCAUUUAACAAAGCAAUGCAAGGUUGUUUGGAGAGAGAUUAAUCUUGCCUUUCCCACAAGGGCAUUGGAGACUGAAAUGCAGUCGCACUUGCACAAAUGGCAACAAUGGUAUCUCAGCUUGAUAGAUGGAGAGAAUUCAUUUCUGUGGAGCAACAGUUCUUUUUUUAAUUUCCCCCUCUUUUUUUUCAUUUGUGUUACUGCCACUAUUUCUGUCUUUCAAAAGAGAGUAUCCUGAAUUUUAGAAAUGUCUUUUUCACAUUAAGCAGUUCUCUCUGUAUCUACCAGCAAGUGAUUGCAGUGAAGCAGACAUCCAAGUUGCCUACUAAAUCUGUCUCUGUUGUAUGUAGUAACUUUGUUUCUCAGAAAGGGUCUGAACCUCCCCCAACGACUCAGGGCUUUUAUCACCUCCGCAGUUUAAAUUUAUGUUCAUAGGAAUUAAGUAAUACUCUUUCCCCUUCUGAUAGAGAAGGUGGUUUGAUGAUUGCUCCAUUGAGGGCACUAAUUGAUCAAUACAUUGAUGUGGGUAAUCAUUAAAUCCCCUUUAAGUAGCAGUUGCCCUGUGGUGAUCAGUUGGUAAGAAAGCAAGUGGUUUCUAGUUAUAACAGCAAAGGCAGUAAGGCAUAGCUUAAUGACUCCAGAGCACUUUCAUUAGAAUAGGUGAGAUUUCUCUGCCACUCCCAUAAUCCCCAGACUCAGUGGCCAGUAGUUGAGGAUGAUGGGAGUUAUAGUCCAAUAGCUUUGCUCUAGAACAGGGCUGCUCCACUUCAGCCCUCCUGCAGAUGUUGGCCUACUACUCCCAUAAUCCCUGGCUAUUGGCCACUGUGGCUGGGGAUUAUGGGAGUUGUAGUCCAAAAACAGCUGGGGGCCCCUAAAUUGAGCAGGUCUGCUCUAGCAUAAGCAGAUUGCAGCCUAAAUUACUUAUUCCAGCAAGCAGGGCAACUACUUUGUACGGGAAUACUGGCUUGGGCAAUACCUGAGAAGUAUUAUUAUCUUUCAGGAUUAAACUCAUUUGCUUUGUUUGCUUGAAUUGUUUUUUUAAUUCUCAAGCUAUUCAGUAAUUUUUUUUUUCCUUUUGGGUGCCAGGACUGGAUUUUACUUGCUUUUUAUAUAAAAUCAAACCCUUCCUUGAGAAUCUAUCUUUAGAGAGAGCAUGCAGAAAGGCUGGGGUGACGGAAGUCAAAAAGCAUAUUGGCAGAUAUGUCCCACAGCCUAACAUGGGUGUUUUGGAGCUGCCCGUGCUGCUGCAGUCGACCAAGAAGAGCAAAUAUUUAAAGUAGCAUGACUGCGCUCAAGGAGCACUGCUUCCAUUGUUUCCAGUCUAAGUAGCACUGAUGUGAGCACACAGACUUUUAAGUAUUUGCAACUGUUGGCUGUUGAAAAUACCCAAAUGGGAAUACUCGUAUUUACACAAAUAGAAGAUGACGCUGAAUUUAGGAUGGCCCCCUUUAAAAAUAGAGGUUAACGAAGAGGACUCUGAAUUUACACACACACACACUCCGCAUAUUUUAAAAACCCAAGUCCAAUUUCUAACAUCAAAACAAUUGGAGGAAAUCUAGUUAAGGUAAGUGCUGAGGAAGCUUAUGAAAAAUAAGUAUUGAUUGUAACAAUAUUUCUGAUGGUACUGAUUACACUUAAUUGUUUUCUGGAAUAUUUCUAGUCUCAAAAUUCCAUGCCUUCUAAAAGGUUUCUGGGAUCAUCUAUAGUACUGUUGUACAGGGGUAUUUGCUAUGUCCCAUUUUUCAGUACUAUUGUAAGUUGCUUAUUGGAUUGUGUGUAGCCUGUAGAUAUAUCAUAGGUGUACCACUAUAAAAGUAAAACAGACAAUUGGUCUUUAUUAACUAAUACCCCAACCAGUGCUGCUUUUUGUGCUAAAAAUAUAUGUUUUUAAAAGCCUGCAUUGCCAGUAUGAAAACAAAUGGUGCAAUAUUCCAAACAAAACUAUAAUACUAUUUUAAAAUCUUGAUAUUUUUUGCUUUUGCUUGAAUUGUGGUGUUUAAUUUUGGAGGAUUCUGGAGAAGAAUUUCAAAAGCACAGAAUCUGGAUUUCAUCUAUGAAACCUGCUUUUUAUGAUUGAAAUUAAUUUUACUUGAUACUGGGUCCAAUUAUCUGUGGCUUAAUUCUACCAUUUCAAAUCCAUGGAAAAAUGUGUAGCUGUGACUAAUAUACGUGGAGAGCUAUUGCACACAAAUGAUGCAAUUUCAAGCAGCCUUCAUAUUGGAUGUUGAUGUGCUUUUCUUUUUUGUUUUUGUUUUCCAAAUCAGCUAUUUAAAGGCAAAUGUACUAAAUUUUAAUAGCAGAAUCAUCUCUCUAAAGUACUGUAGUGAUAACCUUAUAGUGAUGAUUUUGCAGGUGCCCAUCACAGAAACACAGGUUAUUUAUAUAUUGAUUGGUGACAGUUGUAUUAGUAAAAUUUCUAAGGUACAAAUGGCUUGCUCCUGUUUUAGUUUAAUAAAUUCUCAAUUUUUGGUGAUUAAA